AUGCCUCCCGCAAACGCCACUACCGAAGAGCACCAAGAGCUGCUCGACACUCUCGACAUCGCAACCCUCCCCCGACCCUUUCGCAACUCACACUGGAAACCCUCUCAACGCCGCAACAAAAACGUCAAACAAUUACUAUCCGAAUCCUCACGCAAAGAAGCCUCUUCAAUGGCCACCCAAGUCAACUCCGGCGCCACCACGCCCUUCGCCGUCAGCACCACGGACGGCUCGCAAACCCCCGUUGUCGCGACAGGUGCAUCUACGCGUGCCCCCAACAUUGCACAGGCAGCUCAGAGUUUGUCUACACUCGUCCUAGAGAAGAACCUCAGAGCUGCGAAUCCUUCUGGCUACACGGGCGGUCCGGCUGUUACGUAUACGAAUAUUGAGUCUGCGCCGUCGUUGAGCCCGGCUCAUCAGCAUCGGUACUGUGAUCUUACAGGUUUGCCGGCACCGUAUACGGAUCCGAAGACGAGGUUACGUUAUCACAAUCGAGAGGUGUUUGGGGUUGUGAGGACGUUGGGCCAGGGUGUUGCGGAGAAUUUCUUGGAGGCUAGAGGUGCACAUGUCGUGCUGAAGUAG